UUCACACCGCAAAUGGAUCGUUCAGUAGCAAAUGCGUCUGUUUGGGAUACACAAAAAAUAUAUAAACACCAUGAGCAACAAAAUGUUGCUCAUACACGCCCAAAGUACAGAGAGGGAAGACGCCUGAAAGCUGUUAAGGUAUAUACAAUCAACUUGGAGUCUCGGUUCCUGUUAGUGCAAGGGGUGCCUGCUAUAGGAGUGAUGACAGAGCUGGUGCAGCUCUUUGCUCUCUAUGGAGUGAUCGAGGAAUAUAGGGUACUUGAUGAGUAUCCAACAGAGCAAUUCACUGAAGUCUACUUAUUCAAAUUCCAAAAGCUUACAAGUGCAAGGGCAGCUAAACGGCAUACUGAUGAGAAGAGCUUCUUUGGGGGACAGCUGCAUGUCUGCUAUGCUCCCGAAUAUGAAAAUGUGGAAGAGACAAGGCAGAAGUUGCAGGAUAGGAGGAGAUACGUUAACAGAGUGAGCCAGAAAGAAGCAAAACAACAUGAUCAGCAACAAAAUGAGAGUGUUGAGCUUCCAAGGACACCCACACCUACAGCCGCUGCACCUGAAUUCCAGAAAGACUAUGAAAAACCCACAGGGGACAAUGUAAACUCUGACUGCUUGGGCUUUCCCUUGCUGCCAUUGCCACCUAAGGAAGAUGUUCCUCAUAGACUCUACACUGUUAAACAACCGUUACAAUUGCAGAGGACAACUGGAAGGAUGUUACCUGCAGAGGACAAUAUGGGCUCACUUCACCAUUUCAUCCCUCCUGUAUCAGAUACUGCAAAGCAGAUUAUACCCUGCUCAUCUUCAAGCCAAAAGCAUAAGAACCUGCAACCAUCUGUUAUUUUUAUACCAAGGACUACACAUUUAGAAAGCAGAAAAAGAAAAUCGGAGGAAAGCACAUUCAUUCUGAAUGAAAUGAACAAAAAUGAGCCAAUGAUUGGUCCAAAACUACCAGAACUCCCCAAAGUGGACAUGGAGGAUAAUUCAUUAAAUGUAACUGCCAAUUUAAUCCGCCAAACAAUGACAAAGGUUGCAUCUGUACCAGUGACCAAUCCUGUACAAGGGAAGACCACUACUGCAAAGCCACGCAGAAGAAUUUAAUACCACAAUCUUGAUUUCUUCUGGAACUCAUAAUAUAUUCUUACAUUGAAUAAUAUUUUGCAUAUUUAUUUCCAUU